GAACGCCUGACGUCAAGGCGACACCGCCAAACCUCGCCCAGACUCAGGCGUGUAAACCAGCCGGAGUGGCGGCGGCGGCGGCGGCGGCGGCAGGACGGCCGUGGCGCUGGGAGCAGCGAGCCGGAGAGAGCGCAAGGCGCGGGGCGACGCUGGCUGCGGUGACCCGGUGACAGCGUGAGAGGUACUCACUUUUGACUGAUUUGCACCAUGCGUGAGUAUAAGCUAGUGGUUCUCGGCUCAGGAGGUGUUGGAAAAUCUGCUCUGACUGUACAAUUUGUCCAAGGGAUUUUUGUUGAAAAAUAUGAUCCUACGAUAGAAGAUUCUUAUAGAAAGCAAGUUGAAGUAGAUGCACAACAGUGUAUGCUUGAAAUCUUGGAUACUGCAGGAACGGAACAAUUUACAGCAAUGAGAGAUUUGUACAUGAAAAAUGGACAAGGCUUUGCAUUAGUUUAUUCCAUCACAGCACAGUCCACGUUUAAUGAUUUGCAAGACCUGCGAGAACAAAUUCUUCGAGUUAAAGAUACUGAUGAUGUUCCAAUGAUUCUGGUUGGUAAUAAGUGUGACUUGGAAGAUGAAAGAGUUGUAGGAAAAGAACAGGGUCAAAAUCUAGCAAGACAGUGGAACAACUGUGCAUUCUUAGAAUCUUCUGCAAAAUCAAAAAUAAAUGUUAAUGAGAUCUUCUAUGACCUAGUGCGGCAAAUUAAUAGAAAAACUCCAGUGCCUGGAAAGGCACGCAAAAAGUCUUCAUGUCAGCUGCUUUAAUAUACUGAAUGCAUUGUAGCUCUGAGCCAGGUCUGAAGAACUGUUGCCCAAUUCAACAGUGCCAGCAUUCCAACUUUGUUAAACCUAUCAACAUCUUAAAUGGACUUUCCUGUGGUGGUACCCUUUAAGAGGCGGAUGAAAGCUACUACAUCAGUUUGCACAUUCUAAUCACUUUCCAGUAUCACAAGAGAGAUUUUUACUUAUAUAAUAGUUGUAGAGUAUGCAACUGGUAAAACCAGAGGCUACAACCCAGUAUUACUGCUAAGAGACAUUUUUCAUCCACCAAUGUUGUACGUGUAUGAAAAUGGUGUACUGUAUACUUUAACAUGCCCAUACUUUGUAUUGGAGAGUACAAUAAUGUAAAUCCUAAAAGCACCACUAUUUUAGCAUAAUAAAAGAAAGUCCAAAGAGCUCCUAUAUAGACUACUCCAGAUAACUUCGCUUCUUUGAUACCUGUAGCUUAUUGUAAUUUUUUUUAAAAGAAAUUCAAGGUCAUUAUCAUUGUAUUGUACAAAUAAGCGCUUUGAUUAACACGGCUAUAUAGGGGUUUUUUUGUUGUUGUUAUUAUUAUUUUUCUUUUAAAUCUUAAAAAUCCUGUGGAGACAGUGAUCUUGUCUUUAAAAUAUGAUAGUCCUUUCAGUAUAAUGUCUUAGAUUAAAGACAUUGCCUUUAAUAUCUGUUGGGAAGGAAAUGUCCAGACUUUUCAAAUCUUUUAUUAUAUGUUUCCUUUUUUGUUUACAUAGGGAACAAUGUUUAUAGUUGUGUGUACAGUGGGGGUCUACAACAAGAAGUGUAUAUUUUCAAACAAUUUUUUAAUGAUUUAACAGUUUUUGUAAAUCAUUUUCAGGCUUCUGCAGCUGUAGAUUCUCACUGUGAAUCCCUUGCUUGCUCAUGCAUAAGUGUAUUUGCAAUACCAAAUAUACAGGUUUAGUAUUUUUGCCUGUUAGUGAUUGUUUCACAUGUGUAACGUUUUGGUUGAGAUGUUAAAUGGUGGACGAGUACUGUGGAUGUGAAUGUGGGAAGUAAUUUUAAUCAUGUGUAAUUGAUUACAAGGCCUAAGUUGCAGUGACUAUUGCUGUUUUAUUUAACAAUGCCUUGUUGCUUUGUAUGCAUUAAUGUUUGGGUGUAAAGAUUGUGUGUCUAUUCAACAGGGAGCCACAGUAUUUAAAUUGACCAACCUAAUGUUACAACUACUUUGAGGUGGCCAAAUGUAAACUAAAAGCCUUAAUUAAAGUGGUGCAAUUUUGUAUGACUUAGCAUCAGUAGUUCAAUAAAUUUGGAUUGCCAUGCAAGGGCUUGCAUUAUAAUUACUUGCCACUUGAAUGUGUUUUGUGUAAUGUUUAACUGUGCUAGUGAAUAAAUAUGGGCUUAAAUUCUUUUUAAAUGUAAUAGGUGCAUUUUACACAGUGUGAUUUUAUAAUUUUAGAUUUAGGGGAAUCAGAUUCAUAAAUUACAGGAAUGAUGAGUGAAAAAUACCAGUUUUUACUACUAAUAUUAUUUGAAUAUUUAUAUAAACACCUUUAGAGUUUUUCCUUGGGAAAGAAUUUUGUAAAUCAAGCAAUAUUACUUAUAUUCUGGGUAAUAAAUAUCCAGUAGCUCUUUGAGGUGAUGGAGGAAGAACUGAGAAUACUUUGCCAGAUAUUUUACUUAUAGAUUUUUUUUCUUAAGCAUAGGAUAAAGCUACUUUAUAAAAAAAUCUUUGACUCAAGUGGACUCAAGUACUACUUUGUUUUCUAGAUACUAGAUCUGUCUUUGUCUUAUGUGCUAUGAUUCUGUUCUUUUUUUGAAAUUUAUAAACAAAUCUUUACUCAAACUUGCUCUUUUUUUUUUUUUACCAGCCAUUGGAGCAUAUCUGCAACUAAUGAGUGAUACCAUCUAACAUAGAGGUGUAGACCAUCCCCCUAAAUACAUGCUAUUUGAAUGGGCUUUCCUUUUAAGAAGCCUUACUCCAUACAAACUUAACUCACACUUUCCUGUGCUUAAGGAUUUCGUGUAUCUCAAGAAAAGUGUUCUCUUUGAAGCCGCCUCACAUAACUGAGACUUAUUUUUGGCAGAACUGGUGUUAUUUAUAGUCUCUGGAAGGAAAUCACCCCUACCCCAAAAUGGGAUUGUGAAACUGCUAAAAUUAUUUCAACUCACUAUGUCCUGUUUCAUCUAUAUGACCCUUUUUAAUGGCACCACCAUUAAUUGAUUUACCUUUAAAUAAAAAUUUGUUGCCUACCA